AGCUCGGCCCUCCCCUUCCACAUCAUGUCCCCCCGUCGUCGGCCACGCACGCUGCAUGCCGUUUAAACCCCCGUCGCCGGCCUCCAGACGUCGCUUCCUCUCGCCCGCGGGAUGAUGGACAGCAGGAUACUGGAUCCYCCUCACGCCCAGUUCGGAGGCUCUCUCGGCGGGAUGGUGGGCUUCCCGUACCACCUGAGCCACCAUCACGUCUACGAAUUAGCGGGGCAUCAGCUUCAAUCCGCGUCCGCGGUUCCCUUCUCCAUAGACGGAUUACUGAACGGCUCGUGCGCGGCGUCGGUGGGUAAUCCCAACCCGCUCUUGUCUUCGGGCUGCGGGCUGAACGGAGACAAUCAGCAGUACAAACUGACAGACUCGGGGGACCCAGACAAAGAUAGUCCCGGCUGCAAGAGAAGAAGAACCCGCACGAAUUUCACUGGUUGGCAGCUGGAGGAAUUAGAAAAGGCUUUUAAUGAGAGUCACUAUCCGGACGUGUUCAUGAGGGAGGCACUGGCCCUCAGACUGGACCUGAUAGAGUCCAGGGUCCAGGUCUGGUUUCAGAACCGCAGAGCCAAGUGGCGGAAAAAGGAGAACACCAAGAAGGGUCCGGGUCGACCUGCUCACAACGCCCACCCCACCACGUGCAGCGGGGAGCCCAUGGACCCGGAGGAGAUCGCCCGGAGAGAGCUGGACCGGCUGGAGAAGAAGAAGCGGAAGCAGGAGCGCCGGCUGCUCAAGUCCCAGAACAAGCUCCUGUCCGGGGAUUUAUUCCACACGCCGGGCUCGGACAGCGACAGCGGGGUGUCGCACGUCACCGACAGUGACCACAACACGUGCCCGCCCUUUGACUCUGUGCCGGGGAACCAGUCCAACCACCAAGCGCCUCUCCAGACGCAGAACCAAAGACUCCUGGACCGGGAUGCUGGCGGAUCCGAGCUGGACUCGCCCGACCCCAGCAGCCACCGGUCCACGAGCCUGUGCUCCGGCAGCACCAGCAGAACGUCCGGCCUGCAGAAACUCAACCCUUUCAGCGUCGAGAGCCUCCUCUCGGACUCCAGACCGAGACGCAGUCCGGCGGCCUUACCCUCCUCGCGGCCUUUGAUCGGGAAGGGCCACUUCCUGCUCUACCCCAUCACGCAGCCGCUCGGAUUCAUAGUUCCUCAGACGGCCCUGAAGACCGCGGCGGUGAACGGGGACAGCGACGCCUCCUCGGCGGGCUGCAGGAGCGGCUCGCCGGACUGCGCGGACGCGGCGCAGCGGGGGCCGCCCGGAGCCGAGGACCAGGCGGCUUCUCCGCACAUGAGCCCGUCCAGGGCCGCCUUUUCUGCUGGGAAACAGAGCUCGGUGAUUUGCAGCGACUCGACUUUUGUGCACGAACACAGCCCACAGCUGGACACGGACAAAACAGAGCACUUGGUGAACCAGGAGCACACUGACCCCCCCAGUGACUGUCCUGCACUGACUCAAGGAGACCUGGAAUAAAUCUGUGGGGGUAAAAAACGAAUGAAUCGACACUCAUAGGCCAAAACCUAAAGGUACUCAUUGCAAACUAUCAAACCAAACAUGUAAACAAGUUGAAAUUUAUGCAGAUCCUGAUAAGCAAUUCUAAAAUGCGGGUCCACACUCAGUGUAAACAAAGCACUUUUUUUUUGCUCAUUAUAAAUACAACACAUUAAAAAUGUUGAUCCCAUUUGGCACUUUCAUGGAUAACACUUAUUUAUUUAGAUAAUUUCACAAAUUUUGAUUACAAAUGUUAAAUUUAAAGAAAAUCAAACACAGUAAUUUUUUUAUUUAUUUUUAACCAAUUUUCAUGACAUUGCAAUGAGUACCUUUAGCCCCAUCUUUGCAUUUAGUUCUGGCCCCCACAAACAAGCUGCUCAAAUUUGGUCAAUUUCCUCCUUUUUUUUUUUUUUUUUUUUUUGUUUAUUUCCUGGGAGUGUGUCUGUGUGUGAGUCAGGAGUCUCUAGAUAUCAUUUUACUGUGUGAUGACUUGUCAAAACAACAACAGCAACACCAACAAAAAUCCUCAAGAGCUGUAAGAAAGGUAUUAUACUAUUUAUAUAUGUAAGGUUUUUUUUUCUUAAAUAAAUCUAUUGUAUACAAGCA